UCAGGCCGCGCAACCUCCGUGGCGCGUCUACGGGGCGCGCACUUGCGAAUGUUCUCGCGGCGCCGGAAGUCCGGGGCACGUGACCGGGUGACAGCGCUCGUUGGGCUGCAGGCCUCGCUUUAGGUGUUGCGGCACGGGAUGGCGGAGGCGCCUCCUGUCUCAGGUACUUUUACAUUCAGUACGGACGCUGCUGAGUUCAUUCCUCAGGAGAGAAAAAAUUCUGGUCUAAAUUGUGGGAGUCAAAGGAGACUAGACUCUAAUAGGAUUGGUAGAAGAAAUUACAGUUCACCACCUCCCUGUCAGCUUUCCAGGCAGAUCCCUUAUGAUGACAUCUCUGCUGUUCAUCAGCACAGUUAUCAUCCUUCAGGAAGCAAACCUAAGAGUCAGCAGACUUCUCUCCAGUCCUCUGCUUCUCAUAAAUCACUCAAGAGCCAUGGCCUUCAGAGUCAACCCUGGCAGAAGGUGAAGAGUGAAAAGCAGCAUGUCAGAGUCAAGAGAGCACAGAGUCUCACUGAGCAGGCCUCAGAUGCAGCCAGCCUAGAGAGCGUGGCCGGGUCAGAGAGUGGGACAAACCCCAGAGAGCACAGCCCUGCUGAGAGUGAGAAGGAAAUUGUUGGCGCAGAUCCCAGGGGAGCAAAACCCAAAAAAGCAACCCAAUUUGUAUACAGCCAUGGUAGAGGACCAAAAGUGAAGGGGAAACUCAAAGGUGAGUGGGGUAACAGAAUGACUCCAAAACCCGAGGAUAGCGGACCUGAGAAUACCAAACCCGUGGGGGUCAGCCCCCCUGACUCUUCGGAUACAUCCGUUAGAAAAGGAGUAUUGGACGGGUAUGGGGCCAGACGCAACGAGCAGAGAAGAUACCCACAGAAGAGGCCUCCUUGGGAAGUGGAGGGAGCCAGGCCACGACCAGGCAGGAAUCCACCAAAACAAGACGGCCAGCGACAUACAAAUGCAGGACCCAGAAACAGCAUGGCCCCCAUUCCAAAGGAUAAUCUCAACGAAAGACCAGCAAAAUCUGCCUGUGACAAUGGGAACUUGGCAGUCGUCAGGAAGUCUUCCAGAAGGGUUGACCGGGAGAAAUGCACUGUAAGGAGGCAGGAGCCUCAAGUAGCAUCUUUCCCCCGAGGCAAACAGAACCACGUGCUGAAGAACGUGGAAACGCACACAGGUUCUCUAAUUGAACAGCUAACUACAGAAAAAUAUGAGUGCAUGGUGUGCUGUGAACUGGUUCGCGUCGCUGCGCCGGUGUGGAAUUGUCAGAGCUGCUAUCAUGUGUUUCAUCUGAACUGCAUAAAGAAGUGGGCGAGGUCUCCGGCAUCUCAAGCAGAUGGCCAGAGUGGUUGGAGGUGCCCUGCCUGUCAGAAUGUUUCCGCACAUGUUCCUAAUACCUACACCUGUUUCUGUGGCAAGGUAAAGAAUCCUGAAUGGAGCAGAAAUGAAAUUCCACAUAGUUGUGGUGAGGUUUGUAGAAGGAAACAGCCUGGCCAGGACUGCCCACAUUCCUGUAACCUUCUCUGCCAUCCCGGACCUUGCCCACCCUGCCCUGCCUUUAUGACUAAAGCAUGUGAAUGUGGACGGACCAGGCAAACAGUUCGCUGUGGUCAGGCCAUCUCCAUCCACUGUUCUAACCCAUGUGAGAAUGUUUUGAACUGUGGUCAGCACCACUGUGCUGAGCUGUGCCAUGGGGGUCCGUGCCAGCCUUGCCGGAUCGUACUGAACCAGGUGUGCUACUGUGGCAGCACCUCCCGAGAUGUGUUAUGUGGAACAGACAUAGGAAAGUCUGAUGGAUUUGGGGACUUUGGCUGUUUAAAGAUAUGUGGCAAGGACUUGAAAUGUGGGAACCAUACGUGCUCUCAAGUGUGCCACCCUCAGCCCUGCCAGCUCUGCCCACGGCUCCCCCAGCUGGUGCGCUGUUGCCCCUGUGGGCAAACUCCUCUCAGCCAGUUGCUAGAACCUGGAAGUAGUGGUCGGAAAACGUGCAUGGAUCCUGUCCCUUCGUGUGGAAAAGUGUGCGGCAAGCCUCUGCCUUGUGGUUCCUUAGGGGACCCCAUGGCAGAGCUUCCAUGUACCAGCCUCAGAAGUGAAGAUGCUACAUUUAUGUGUGACAAGCGGUGUAACAAGAAACGGUUGUGUGGACGGCAUAAAUGUAACGAGAUAUGCUGUGUGGAUAAGGAGCACAAGUGUCCUUUGAUUUGUGGGAGGAAACUCCGUUGUGGCCUUCAUAGGUGUGAAGAACCAUGUCAUCGCGGGAAUUGCCAGACGUGCUGGCAAGCCAGUUUUGAUGAAUUAACCUGCCACUGUGGCGCAUCAGUGAUCUACCCUCCAGUCCCCUGUGGUACCAGACCCCCUGAGUGUACGCAGACCUGCGCCAGACUCCAUGAGUGUGACCAUCCAGUUUAUCAUUCCUGUCACAGUGAGGAGAAGUGCCCCCCGUGUACUUUCCUGACUCAGAAGUGGUGCAUGGGCAAACACGAGUUACGAAGCAACAUCCCCUGUCACCUGGUCGAUAUCUCUUGCGGAUUACCCUGCGGCAGCACGCUACUGUGUGGGAUGCACAAGUGUCAGAGACUCUGUCACAAAGGAGAGUGUCUUGUGGAUGAGGCCUGCAAGCAGCCCUGCACCACCCCCAGAGCUGACUGUGGCCACCCGUGUAUGGCACCCUGCCACCCUAGCUCACCCUGCCCUGUGACUGCUUGUAAAGCCAAGGUAGAGCUGCAGUGCGAAUGUGGACGAAGGAAAGAGAUGGUGAUUUGCUCUGAAGCAUCCAGUACUUAUCAAAGAAUAGCUGCUAUUUCCAUGGCCUCUAAAGUAACAGACAUGCAACUUGGAGACUCCGUGGAGAUCAGCAAGUUAAUUACGAAGAAGGAAAUUCACCAAGCCAGGCUGGAGUGUGAUGAGGAGUGUUCAGCCUUAGAAAGGAAGAAGCGUUUAGCAGAGGCAUUUCAUAUCAGCGAAGAUUCUGAUCCUUUCAAUGUACGUUCUUCAGGGUCAAAAUUCAGUGACAGCUUGAAAGAAGAUGCGAGGAAGGACUUAAAGUUUGUCAGUGACAUUGAGAAGGAAAUGGAAGCCCUUGUGGAGGCCGUGAACAAGGGGAAGAAUACUAAGAAGAGCCACUGCUUCCCUCCCAUGAACAGAGACCACCGCCGGAUCAUCCACGACCUGGCCCAGGUGUACGGCCUGGAGAGCGUGAGCUACGACAGUGAGCCGAAGCGCAACGUCGUGGUCACUGCAGUCAGAGGGAAGUCCAUUUGUCCUCCUACCACGCUCACGGGUGUACUCGAAAGGGAAAUGCAGUCCCGUCCUCCGCCACCAAUUCCUCAUCACAGACAUCAGACAGACAAGAAUCCUGGGAGCAGUAAUUUACAGAAAAUAGCCAAGGAGCCAGUAAUUGACUACUUUGAUGUCCAGGACUGAGAGGAUCAAGAUGCACUCAGAUGAAAGAGUGAUUAGGUGUGGGGCAGGCUCAUUUGCCAGCGGAUAAGUUGUGCUUGUUCCAACUGCCUGGGGGACUGACAGCAUCGCCUCCUGUGUCGGACGGACACAUCCAGAGCCCGAGUGUGUCAGAGUCCCCUUGUCCUCCCUUCCCUCUGUAUAAAGUGUUUCCGUGCGGCCAGCUCUCUGCCUGGACAGUCAUGUUCUUGCAGAGCCGCCUCACACCAUCACUGAUUGCUCGGAGGGUUGGUGGUGGAGCGUUGGGCUUGGUUUGGACAAACCAGAAUUUAGCCUGAAAA